UUGCACAGAUUGGCAACGAAACACAAGUAAAAUCACAACUAAAUAAGGCGUAGGCAAAGAGAGGUUACACUAUAGAGCUUCUUUAUCACUAGAAACAAAUAAUAAUAAUAAUUUGUGCUUUAAAAGUUGUCGAUGCAACAGUCCUAUUGUGGAUGUGGUGAGGCCGUCAAAGCGUCACUGGGUUCCAGCGCCACCUGCAGGCGGAUCAGGGAAGGCCAUGAACGGUCCCGGAUAGAAACUAAGGCAUUGAGGAUUUAUUUUUGUAGGUGCAAAUAUAAGUCAAGGAAGAUGAUGUAAAAAGUCACACUUUAAGGCCUAGAGACGGGUUUCUCAAGCAGACAGACAGCUGUGCAGCUGGGAAGGGUUUCUCGAUAUAACACGUUCACUAAAGCAAACCUUGUGAUGAGACAACAAACAAUGCCUGUGUGGCAUUAAUAAGCAAAAUAAAGAAACACAUUCAUGUCUGGAAAUAGCCAUCUAUCAGACUAAAGACCAACAUUUGUAAAGGACAAACCCAGCUAUUCUAAUUAGAAAUUGCCCAUUUGACCUUAUCUUAAAAUUGUUUCCACGAUAUGUAUGAAUUUGAAUCAUAUAUUUUUUUAUUAUUGUGUCAUGCAUUAGCAUGCCCAGCCCACAAGGGCUUACAAGACACCAUUAUAAAACAUAGACCAAUAAUCAAAAGAAGAUGCUACAAUACUAACAUUAACGAUAUAAACCAUACUGACGUUUCAUCCAGGCUUUAACAAAAUAAUCUAACUUAUAAACAUUAAAGGUAAUCAAACAUUCUAUCCUGACAUCAUUACUCCAAAAUAUGUCAGGGUUUUGAGCACAAAGUUCAUUUAAAAUAUGUACUCUUCGUUCAUCAUAGAAGGGACAGUAUAAAAAAAAAUCGAGAUUCAUUCUCCACUUCUUUUAAAUCACAAAGUCUCUGUUCCUCUGGGAUAUUUUUUAAUCUGCCGAACUCAAGUGCCAGGGGAAGGAUUCCCAUUCUUAAUUGGGCAAUGAAGGAUCUUUGAUUUCUUGGUAAAUUAGUUUUAACAUUCAAUUCUGUUUCAUAAUUAUGCUUGAUUUGGACAUGUGUCCGUAAUUUCAGUUUUAACAUAUCAUUUAACCACUUUUCAUUGAAACGCUGUGGUUGAAAAAUAUACAUUAACAUAUCUAGAGAUCUUAAUGAUUUAAAGGCUCUCAAGCAGACGCAGCCUCGUUUACCCGUCGGAUGUAUUUCCUGGUUGCACAGUUGCACUGAUGCUAAUGCUAAUGCUAAAAACAAGUCCAGCUGAUGUGAGUCUGACAGGAGAGACAUCUGAAGUCACCCGGAGCUGCUACCAUGGCGGGGUCGGCUGGUCGCAGGAAGAGAGUGCUGGAGCCGGGGGCCGGAGAGGCGGCUGAGGACCAGCAGGACUGUGGUGUCCUGUUGUUCUCUGACCGACCGGACCGGUGUCCUGUUCAGCCUGAUGAGACGGCGACCGUCCUGAGGAAGCGCUCGCCCCGGCUCCGGGACCUCUCCAGGACCCCCGCCAGCGAGAGCAUCUUCUGCUGCUCCCUGUGCUACAAGGCCUUCAUCUCCUCCUCCAGCCUGGAGGCUCAUCACAAGGCCAGCCACAAGACCUUCUCAUUCUCCUCCUCCUCCUCCAGCCUGGAGACCAACCACAAGGGCUCCUCCUCCUCCAGCCUGGAGACCAACCACAAGGCCUCUUCCUCCUCCUCCUCCUCCUCCUCCUCCAGCUUGAAGGCCCCCCUCCUGGGGGCCCGCCCCACCCAGAGACCCCACCCCUGCGCCGUCUGCUCCAGGAGCUUCCGCCGGCCCUGCCUGCUGCGGGAGCACCUGAAGAGCCACGGCCCGGGCCGGACCGGCCCGCCGGGACACGGCAGCGCUCAGGAACCAGUCAGCCAACCAGACGCCUCAGAACCCCGUGACCUCAGCACCAAGCCGUCUGCUGGUAACCACGGUGACCCCGCCGGCCGCCCAGAGGACGAAGAGGACAAGGCGGCGGAUCGCCGCGGCGAGGAAGACGUCAGCGGUUUGAUCAACUCCGACGGCGAGGAGGAGUACUGGGAGUCUCCGUCCAGAACCGGUGAGGGCCGGGUCAGAGCAUCCACACUAACGCUCCGACCCCAACCUGCCCAGAAGGAGCGGGACGUGCGGGCGGCGGCGGCGGCGGCGGAGCGGGCCGGUCCCAAGCCCCGCCACGGCUGCCCGGUGUGCGGGCGGGACUGCCUCAAGGCCUCGGCGCUGCAGAAGCACCUGCGCGUCCACUCCGGCGAGCGCCCCUUCCAGUGCCCCGUGUGCCGCAAGAGCUUCGUCCAGCACGUGCACAUGACGGAGCACCUGCGCAUCCACACGGGCGAGAAGCCCUACACCUGCCCGCUGUGUGGGCGGAGCUUCACCUUCUCCAGCGCCCUGCGCCGCCACCAGCGGCUGCACGCCGACACCCGGCCCUUCCAGUGCGCCGUCUGCCACAAGAGCUUCAAGCAGCGGAGCUCGCUGAAGGGCCACCAGCUGGUGCACACGGGCGUGCGCUUCCCCUGCCCCGUCUGCAGCAAGAGCUUCAGCCGGCCCCUGGAGCUCAACUACCACGUGGGGACGCACUCCUCGGCGAGGCCCUACUACUGCCACACCUGCCAGAAGAACCUGAGCGGGGCCCGCGUGUACCGCAAGCACCUGAAGAGGCACCAGGGGGAGCCGGGGGGGGGCGGGGAGCCCAGGGGGGGAGGGGGGGGGUCAGGGGAGGCCGGGGAGGAGGAGGAGGCGUCGGGUGGGGGAGGCGAGGAGAGGGGAGGGGGGGAGGAGGUGGAGGGGGAGGAGGUGGAGGAGGAGGAGUGGGGAGGUGAGGAGAGGGGAGUGUGAACUCUGCCCUGUAGAGCAGCUAGGGGUCACUCCAUGACCUGCACAUGACCGAUCCCCAGUCUAUCACAGUUUAGACGACCAAUGAACGAGGGGUUACCCGGAACUCUUCAGGACACUCUUCCCGGGGCGUGUUGUAGAAUGUGAGUAACGUCGGUCCUCUUUCAUAUUUGUCCUCCUGACCUUCCCCCAAACAGAGGCAAGGUUACCCCGGGAGCAGAUGGGUUCAUCUAGUGCCUUGCUCGUGGUGUCGUGGAACAGACCGGGGAAACAGACCUCGGAAUCCCAGCUGCUAACGAGGAAUCGGAGGAGGACAUUGGAGACUUGAAGGUUUUGUGGAUGAUUACGGUUACAGAAUGGUUGUUGAUAAUACGUUUGGAAGCGGUAUGGCAGCCGAUAUGACAACCAAGGAAAUGGAAAUCACUAAUACCAAGGAAGAAUUCAUCAUAAUAAUUUAUAUUACAUGUUUGUCAAAUGUAUGUUUGCUAUGACCAAUGACGCUAUGUACCUCUGUGGAAUGCUUGUAUGGCUUCAUAUACCUGCUAACGUGUUGACAUAUUCAAUUGUCUUUUUCAUUGGGGCACAGUUAAAACUCAGAAUAAAUAAAUGUCUUUUGUAUA